GGAAGUUGUUAUUGGAGCGAAGUUUAAACUGAACUAUUUUGGAAUCAGCGCUGUGAGAAAAAGGUUUAAAAAGUAAGAAAUGGAAGGUGGAAAGGCAAGAGGUGAAUUUGCCAGCGCAUACAAGCUGUCUCGCCCCAAACUCAAUAACAAGGCUCAGAGGCGAGAAAGAAGAUCUAUUGAACAGAAAGAAUUUCGUCAUGUUGGUCUGAUUAGGCAGCGUAACCUCCAGGAUCUGUCCCCACUGCAAGAAGGAGACCAAACUGUCAAUAAAAGCUAUAAGGGCAAGACACCAGUCAAAGUAAAAGAAAAAAAGGGCGUUGAUCGUCUUGAACAACUGAAGAAAUGGAGGGAAGAAAGAGAAAAGAAAAAGACUGUUGAAAAAGUAUCCACAAAGUCCUCGGUGUUCAAAGUGGGAAAACUUGAACACAAAGAAACACACCUAUUUGCUAAAGGACCUUUCAAGAAGCAUCAAGUCAGACCACAGCCAGUUCCAAAGCAAGAUAAAGUUCCAGAGAAGCCUGCUGUUGUGAAAACCACAGCACCACUAAAGACAGCCAAAACAACAAAUAGUGCAUCAAGAUCAAGGAAUGCUUCAGGCAGUAGGAAUACUUGCAGUAACAAGUCAAGCGCCGCAACAUUGACCAGGUCCCGAGGCCAGACCCAGCAAGCAACCAGAGGUGUCAGCUCCAGCAGGGAGACUCGCUCUAAAGUCACCAAUACAGCAGAGGCUAGGAAACCUGCUCAUACCACACGCGCAUCUUUGGCCAAAAACAAAAAGGCUGAGAGCACUGUGAAAAGUAGCAAGCAACCAAAGACACUGGUCGACAGAAAUGCAAAGCGAGCUAGAACGAAUGAGAGUCCAACAAGAGAAAAUCAUGCAGGAGAUUUCAACGAAACCAGGAUUACCCGAAGGGGUGAAGAGAAUUCUUUUGCUCCUGAGGAUUUCACUUUCAGUGCUACUUCGUUCGCUUCAGCCUCGUACAUGUUCCAACCUCUAAGCCCAAACAGUGCGAACAUGUUCCUAAAUGCAGGCCAGGAUAAUUCCUGUUCUUCCUUCUUAAUGAAUGAGCCAGGGAGGAUUUCAACUCCAAAGACUGUGAUGAUGAAGAAAAAGAAAGCUGACGCAGAUCGUACAUUAGUUCAGGAGAUUACUGUUGUUGCGUCAGAGAAGUCUGCCAAUGAGAGUAGUCUAAGAAGAUCCUCGCGGCUCCGAUCUCAGACAAGCACUUACGACCAGAACUCAUUGUCUGUCUCUGUGACCAUGUCUGCCACACCCUGUCAGCUGGAUCAAUCAGCUGAAAUUUUCCAAGCUGACAUUGGAAAUCUGCAAAAACCAGAAAUACAAGAACCUCAUGUGGAAACUGAGACAACUGACACAACUCUGAUGGAGCAAACAAUUGAAGAGGCAGCAGACAGUUCAAACCAAUCUGUUAAAGCUGCUAAGCCAACACCUCGUACAAGUCUGAGAAGAUCUAUUUUACUGUCUCAUCCAGAGCAAGGUCAGGAACAGGGUACAAAGACAGAUGAAGGAAAGGUUCCGAGUUCCCCAAAGAGUGCUCGUCGUAGAAGUUCCAGGAGAUCUGUAGUUACAUCAUAUGAGGAGGAAAAUCAGUCAAUUGGAAGUGCCUUAACACCAGGUCAGUCAGGGGCUGGCAAGACCAGACGAUCUGUUGCUUGGUCACCUAAAGUAGAACCUGUUCCAGAGACAACCAGCUUAGAAUCUGAGACUGUCACACCAUCCCAACAGACAAGAAAGAGCAAGCGCCGAUCAGUCAUUUCACGGCCAAAUGCUGACCCCAUCAUUGAAGAGAAGACUGAGGCAAACACAACACCUAAAUUGCUAGCAGCAACCCCAGGAAAUAGAAGAAGUUCAAGAAGGUCUAUCAUUACAGAUAUUCCUGAAUCAUCAGAAGAGGCUGAUGUUGCACCACAAGCUUCUGCCAUUCCAUUUGUGGGUCCGCCACCAGGUGAAGAUACCUCUGAUAUUGGUAAUGAUGAUGUCUUCAAUGACUCGCUGAAGGAAAAUGUUUCCCCUAGACCCCGUUUGAAGACUCCAAAACACAUCAGGAACAAAUCAUUUGGUGGAUUCAGGAUUCCAGACUCACAUUCCGCUGUGCUGUCAGGAAGGAGAAGUGCUAAGAGGAAGAGCAUGAUGCCGAAAAGCCCGGAGGAAUGGGUGGAGGUUCUCAAGAACAGCCCUAUGGUGGAAAUGAAGAGGAGAAAGUCCAAGUUUGGUGACAUGUCACUGCCAAUCCUCAACUACGAUGAGGACAUCCUGGACAGUGAAGAAGCACAUAGUAUUCUCGAGUCCCCAGAGGAGACUGCCCAGACAGACCAGGAGCUAGCUGCCCAGUCCUCUAGCAAGCCCACAGCUAUAUCAGGCCCUGGUUCGCCUGUUUUCUCCAUAACUGAGGCUGUUUCCAGUAUGGACAGUGAACGUGAUAGGAAAAUGUCAGGGCGGCGAUCGUCAGCUGCUUCUUCCCCUUGUAGAAUAGUAGCAACUACGCCUGCUUCAAAAGCUGAGGCAGCUAUCACAGCGUCUGCAAGCACAGUUCAGGUUGGAGAGGUCAGCAGUACACAAGGAAACCUCAGUGAUGACAACAAUGGUGACAGUGAAUACGAUGUUUUGUACUUCCGUAACCUGCUGGUGACUGAGAAAACGCGUCUAAAUAACCUGUGUGAUGUUUGGAAUGGAGUUAUGGAAGGAAACCCCUCCCUCACUGAGGAAGUGACUGGUCAGAUCCGGACAACAGUGGGUAAGGCCAAUCUCCUGAUGAACCAGCGAUUUAAGCAGUUUACUGGUCUUGUUGAUGCGUGCGAGUUUAAGACUGGGGAGAAGGAAACCACAUGUACUGACCUGAAGGGCUUUUGGGAUAUGGUCUACAUUCAGGUCGAAGAUGUAGACGGUCAGUUCCAAAAGCUGACCCGUCUCCAGGACAACAAUUGGAUAGACACAGAGGUCAAACCAGUCACCAAGAAAGUGGUAAAGAAGAAGGUUUCAAAGCCAGUAGUGACAAAGCCAGUUAAGUCCAAGUUUGCAGCAUUCCGGGCUCAGAUGAUAAAGAAGAAAGAGGAAAAAGUGAGCUCGCCCAAGCAGGUUGCCACCCAGGAGGAUGAGGAGAAGGUUUUUGAGAUGCCCGGAUUCUUUACAGUUGCGUCUCCUGUACGCACACCCAAGUUCCACUGUGAUGGUGGGACACCAAAGAAAACUCCCACAGCUAGCACGAAUUCUAACCCAAGCAGUAGUAGCACGCUCACAGUUCCAUCCAGCCUAGAACAAAGCCAGCCAAAACAUAGUGCUUGUGAUUUACUUACAAGACGUACUCCGUCGAGGAAGAGUUAUGCUCCUGCUGUGCCGAGCCCACUCCUCCUGGACACCACACCCGCUCCGCGCCCGGUACGCUCAUGUACGCAAAGAACGCCCGUUGUGCCCAAACGUUUACUCGACGAAGAGGAUGAUUCAGUCAGCGAUAGCAAGAGACUUAAACUUACACCAGCUAGAGGACUGCGGACAAGGAAGUCAGUGAACUUUAUGGAUGUACCGUCAUCUGUUGAAUCCCCACGUGUGGAAGGUACAGAUGAGGACUUUGCCAUCCUACUCCAGCCCACUAUGUGUGAUUCCCCCACAACCCAGGCAUCCCCUGUCCGGGCAGAAAGCAACGAAGAGUUCCUGAGACUUCUACAGCCCUCUUCUCCUGCUGAGCCCAAGGAGACACCCGACUCUGAUGAUGUAUUUUCAAAAUAUCUGCAGCCACAGGAUUCUCCUGCAGAGAAGCCGACAAAGCGACGGCAUUCAAGUCUGAAGAGCUGUAGAUCCACGGAUAAAAGACGCAGCCGGAGCAGGAGUGUACACUUUGCUGGUGGCAAAGAAGAGGAGCUGGGGCACAUGAAGCUUCCACACACCCCAUACAACAGGGACUCACUUGUGAAGACAAAGAGAACUUCAAGGCGAUCCUCCAACAGUAAGGCAAACCUGGAUGACAUCUUCAGCAUCGAUAACAUCGAUAAUGACGAAAACAUCCCACCACCUUCCUUCCGCUCAGCUAGACCUAGUCUGUUGGGCACACCGCCGGACAUCAAGAAGGGGAGCAGAGUGAACAGGAAUGUGCCGACAGCCACCCUCAUCUCAUUCACACCAUGAGCAACGUGGACCCUGUCUUACUUUCUCCCGGAGAAAUAUCCAAUUGUAUAAACAUUCAGUCCUGGAGAAAUAGAGUUAUAUACACAUUAUUUUGGAGUUUAUAAAGCUUGUGAGAUUGAAUUAUUACAUAUUGGACAAUAUAUGGCAGGAUGUGAUUCACAGUCAGUGUUUUAUCAUUUGUCUUAAAGCUUAUAAAGGCGACAUAUUGGACAUUAACUUGUAAGGCUUCAAAACCUAUUUCAGUGUUUUAUAUGUGUUCUACAUCCCUCUUUUCUAGUGCUAAUUUAAAAGAACAGGAAUGCAAGUUUAUUGACUGAUUUAUUGUCUUAAACAGUAAAUCAAAUUUUCAUUAAUAUGUUAGCUCACCAUUCAUACUACUUAAAAUAGAAGUAUUUUAUGCAGCAUUCAUGAAUGUUCACAAACAAUGAUUGUUCCCGAAAAUUUAACUGGAUUGAAAAAUUCGUCAUUGAAAUGUACAUAUAUAUAUAUAUUUCCGACUUUCGAAACUGCAAGAAAUAUUUUCUUCUUAAAUCUGUCAUUGUAGCUAACCAGUUUUUUUUUAUUUCUAUGACUUAUGCAAAAAUAUAAUCAACUUCCUACAAGAAAAUAUUAAUGCGUUUGUAAUAAUCUUGACAGUUUCCAAAUGUUUAUAUUGACAUCAGUUUUCAUACAUUGUCUUUUUGUAUUGUCUUUUUCACCUCUUCCAUUUGUACCCAAUUGGACCAGCACUUAGUUUAGUUUUUUUGUACUUUUCCUCUUGACUGUUAUAUCCUUCACUGUUUUAUUACCUAUGCAUGUUCCUAUAUUCAUACUUGUUUUGUUAAACUGUACAGAUAUUGUCAGUAUGUUGCAAUAAAUGCCAUAAAUUGUA